AUGCCCACACCUGGAAAACGUUCCCGUCAAGUGCGCGGCCCUGGCUCCAGCGUCUGUUGGAUCCAGCGGGACAACGCUGAUAUGGAGGGCACAGGCUGCCUGACGUGCAGGACUCGGCACCGGAAAUGUGACGAAGAAAGGCCCAUUUGCAAGAUGUGCCAAAAGACUGGCCGGAAAUGCGAGUACGGCAGCGGCAUUCGAUGGUCAUCAACAAAUGUAUCAAGUCGCGUGCAUUCUGGAGGUGUGGAGAAAAUUACUUCAAUUGAGAAGCAAUCGAAGCGUAAAGGUAUGAGCGCGAAAGGGUUGACUUCUCCAACAAGUCAGGACCGACAAAGAACACCCGCAUUCAAUGUGUUUUCAGUCGAGGAGAUUAACCGGGGUAACACUAACACCCAAUUUCUUGACACGGGACCAGCACAGAUACAAAGAACAACGUGGGAAGACCCAGGCCCGUCUGCUCAUAACCGCCUUCCUUUUGAUGGGGCUGACUUCAUUUGGAACGAACUGUUCUCAGACCAACAAUUCCUGGAUCCGAUCGAUUCGACUUUUGGCAUGGACCACGAGAUAGCAUCCAGAGACGAUGACAUGCCGUUGAUCCAGUGGCAGGAUGAGGAUCUGCCGGAAACGUUCCCCAGCGUAGAUGCUUCCUCAACAGGAAUCCUCUUUCAUAAGACCAAAACCCAACAUGUGCGGCCAAUAGUGUCUCCCCAGCUAGGCCCAUGGCUUUCUGCGACUCUUGGGUCUUCAAGCGAAGAACUGGCAUUCAAUCACUACCUGAACGAUGCCUCCACUCGUAUCCCAGCCUUUGAUGGACCCAAGAAUCCCUACCGAAAGCUUUGUUUAGUCUCCAUCUCUUACCCUUUGCUCUUGCACACCAUUCUCUACGUUUCCACUGUCAGCAUGUACAACCAUGGAGAAGCCGACGGUGAAACUGUCACGAGUCGUCGCACUCAGGCUUUGCUGUUGCUUCAAAACGCUGCAAAGCUGCUCGAGACCCAGAGAGAAAAUGGGAGCCACAAGUGGAUCGAUCAACACCAGUCGCUUUCUGUACUGUCGCUACGAGAAGUAACCUUGGCAGCCUACCUGAUGUAUAUCGUCAUCGAGGUCAUGAUGGGCAGUCAAAAGACUGAGGCUCACCUUGAAGCCGCAUUUUCUUUAAUGUUGGAGCUCGACUAUGUUGAUCAUCUACCCCAAGGAUUCUACUCUAGAUUCCUUGUUCAGAGAUUCGCAAUGAUCGAUGUAGUCUUGUCAUUUCUAAGACGUCGCAGACCGCUGGCACCACAGAACUUUGUUUUAUAUCAUACCGUGGACGAGAUGGAUGAGCAAGAAUCAUCUUUCCGAGAACUAACAGGCUGUCCGCAAGCAGUUCUCUCUUUUCUAGCGAGAAUCUCAAACCUAGCUAGUUCCAAUGACGCGGCACAGACUGCAGAGGCAUACCAAUUAGAGAGUGAGAUGAGAUUAUGGGGUAGUCUUAGGUAUCCUGGCCCUUACAGUGACCCUGACCUGGUGGGUAUACUUCAAGACGAAGAACCAACAGCCGAGAAUACACGCAACAAGCAGCUCGAUAUACUGAGUGAGUGCUUCUACUGGGUUGCUCAUCUCCUGCUCGCACGAAGGGUCUUUCUGGAUCCCACAGAUUCACCGCGGGUGCAACUUUACAGGAAACAUUUGUUCCUACUUAUGGACCGACUUCCUGCUGGUUGUGGACCAGAUUCAUCCUUGCCUUUUCCUUUCUAUAUAGCAGCUCGCGAAGCAAUCAACAGCCAUGAUAGGGAUUGGGUUCGCCAGAAGCACACGGAAAUGCUCCACAAAUAUCCGGAUCAAUCGAGAGAGUUGAUGAUGCGUUUGACUGAAGAGAUCUGGAGCAAACAUGAUGGUUAUGGUGAAACUACGAUACAGGACCCUAUGUGCGUUUGGGUUAGUGAUGAUAUAUACAUUGGUGUAUUGGAUUCGCAGGCAUCUCAUUUCUUGUUUUGA